AUGGAAGAGGCAGAGUAUGUGAUCGUCGGUGGCGGUACAGCAGCCCUAGUUGUUGCCUGCCGACUGUCGGAGAACCCAGAGACGCGCAUCGUGGUGCUGGAGCGCGGUAAAGAUGCAUCGAGUGAUGCUCUCGUUCAGAAUCCACUGGAAUACGAGUCUCUGAUAGGCAGUGAGAUGGAUUGGAACCUCAAGGUAGCUGCGCAGGCCGAACUGAACGGUCGAGAAUUCCACCAGCCAGCGGGGAAGGGCCUGGGCGGGACCGGGGGGCCCCAGCCUAAUAGAGCUGGCCCAAUCCAAGUGAGCUACCCAGUGUCUGCCGGGAGGGCUGAUAAAACCCUGCUCGACGCAUGGAAGCAAACAUUUGAGAAAUACGGCUAUGCUUACGCCGACGAAUUGGUGUCGGAAGGGGCAACGAUCGGUACGCGGCCAUAUACUGCGACCAUCGACCCGGUGUCCGGAUAUCGCAGCAGCGCAGCAAGCGGAUACGGCGCCGUUCUUGCGUCUCGUGCGAACGUUAGCAUCGUCACCGGUGCCACCGUAACACGUAUCCUAUUCGAGCCGUUUGCACCGAAUAGCAAUCCCGCUGCCACGGGAGUAGAGGUCCAGACCGAAGCCCGGGGGACCGUCCUCUUCAAACCCACCAAAGAGGUGAUUAUGGCCGCGGGCGUGUUCAACAACCCCAAGAUCCUCGAAUUGUCGGGGAUUGGGGAUCAGGCUCGACUCCAGGAGCUCGGCAUUUCACCACUUGUCCACCUGCCCGGAGUAGGAGAGAACCUGACGAACCACGCCAUGAGUAUCCUGACGGCCCCGGUGAAAGCACAUGCGGACAUCCAGGACAUUGCCCCAGGCAUGAAAGCCAAUGCCCUCAUCCGCCUUGCGCCCGCGGACAUGCAACAGAUUCUCGAUCGGGCCCGCGAGAGCCCAGACCACACGGCCAUUGCAGGGAUCCUUAACGACCCCAAUGAGGCGGGCAACACCCAUAUCCAAUCAGCGGACCCAGCUAUCAGCCCCAAGAUUGACCCAAAAUACCUGACCAACCCGUCAGACCUCGAGUCCAUGGUCCGGCACGUUCAGCACUUGCAGGAAAUUCUCCACUCCGCCCGUCUCCAGCCCUUCGUCGAUGCGCCGCCGCCCCAGGACCGAGAGAUGCUCGUCCAGCUGGUGCGCGAGGCCAUGGUCAUCCCAACGGCCCAUCCAUGCGGUACCACCGCGAUGCUGCCCCGCGAGAAAGGUGGUGUGGUCGCGCCGGAUCUGAAGGUUUACGGCGUCAGCAAUGUUCGUGUGGUCGAUGCAAGCGUCUUCCCCAUCAUUCCGCAGGCGAAUCCCAUUAGCACCGUUUAUAUGGUGGCUGAACGGGCCGCAGAUUUGAUUCGAGCACCUUGA